AUGAUGCAACUACGGUGGAAUUGGGAUUACACAAGUAAGCCUCGUUCAAGGAAGCUAACGGCACCAACACCAAGCGGCGUCACGCUUAGACUCCCAUAUCCUCAGUCGGCUGGGGCAUUAUGUCGAACACAUGGUCUACCACUCCUUCCGGGUCUUGUCCUCCCGGACCAAGGGCGGGAAUGUGGUCAAGUAAGACUCAUGGAGAUCCGAUAUCUUGCAACCUCCCCUUUCUCCCUCUUUGCUAUCUAUCCUGGCCUCGGUGGAGCUUCUGUUUCUGAGAUCAAUCUUCCUAAUGCAGAUCUCUGUGGUACUCUUCACCACCUCAAUUUUACUUCUUUUCCCAGCCUCACUCGUUUCAGCGUCAGUGGAAACAAGUUCAAUGGAUCAAUCCCACCCACCAUUGGUGAUCUGUCCAACUUGGUCUUCUUGGACUUGAGCAACAAUAGGUUUGAUGGAAGCAUACCGCCACAGAUUGGGAAGUUGAGGGAGCUUCAGUACCUCUCCCUUUACCACAACAAUAUUAGUGGUGUUGUUCCAUAUCAGAUUGGAAAUCUUCAGAAGGUAUGGUUUCUGGACCUUGGAUCAAAUUCUUACUUGGAAGCUCCAGAUAAUUGGUCUAGAGUUAAGAGUUUUCCUGUGCUGAGACAUCUCAGUUUCGCUGGGAAUAAAUUUGGGCCAAGGUUCCCUGAUUUCAUACUGGAUUGUAGGAAUAUAACUCAUCUUGAUUUGUCUCGAAACUAUUUGAAUGGAUCAAUCCCUGAGUCAUUGUUCACCACUUUGGAGAAACUUGAGUAUCUCUAUCUUAUUGACAAUAACUUUUCAGGACCUUUAUCAUCUAACAUUGGCAAGUUGUCCAACCUCAAAGUCCUUGAUUUGUGGUCCAAUUAUUUUAAGGGAGAAAUCCCAUCUUCUAUAGGCCAACUUCAAAAUCUUCAAGUCUUGUAUAUUUCGAAUAAUGAGUUCAAUUCAAGUAUUCCUUUUGAGCUUGGUCGUUGCACUAACCUCACUGGCUUAGAUCUGAGUUUCAAUUCACUCUUUGGAGCGUUGCCUUCGUCAUUGUCAUCUUUGACAAAGUUGUCUAAGUUGAAUUUAUCAAAUAAUUUUCUUUCUGGUAAUAUUUCACCAAAUUUUUUUUCCAAUUGGACCGAGCUAACAUCUUUGCACCUUCAGAACAAUUCAUUCAAUGGGAGUAUUCCAUCAGAAAUUGGCUUGCUAACCAAUCUUGUAUGCCUUUUCUUGGAUUCAAAUCAAUUUUCGGGAAACAUUCCAACUCAUAUAGGAAACCUGCAGAAUUUAUAUUUUUUAGAUAUGUCUAAAAAUAACCUUUAUGGUUCAAUACCUCCAACAAUUGCAAACCUAACAAGCCUCUCAAGCUUACUCCUUUCUACAAACAAUCUCACUGGAACACUUUUGUCUGAGAAUGAGGAUCUUAUCUCUUCCAUCAUUUGCAAUAUACAUUCUCUCAAAAUUUUGGCUUUGGCAAACAAUUCAUUAUCAGGGCCAAUACCUCAAUGUUUAGGAAACAUUAGUCUCUAUGUGUUAGAUUUGCACAAGAAUCAAUUUCAUGGGCCAAUUCCAACAUUGGGCAACUCUUUGAAGAGCCUUAACUUGCGUGAAAAUCAAUUAGAGAGAACAUUGCCACGAUCUUUAAUCAAUUGUAAAGAGUUGGAAGUUCUUGAUCUUGGACACAACAACUUGAAUGGUACGCUUCCAAUGUGGUUAGGAGUCCUUCCAAAUCUAAAGGUUCUGAGCUUGAGAUUUAACAAGUUGAACGGUUUCAUAGAAAGCACGGGUAUCAAAGGAUACAUGUUUCCUCAACUUCGUGUCUUUGACAUCUCAUACAAUGAAUUCAUAGGAGAUUUGCCUACAAUGCUUUUUAAGAUUUUUAAAGCAAUGGCAAAUGAAGAUGAAGAUAGAAUACCAAAAGGAGAAAUGUACCUAAAGCAGAACUACUAUUACCAAGAUUCAUUAGUGAUAGGAAUGAAAGGACAAGAGCGUGAUAUUGUUAAAAUACUAAUCACGUUUACUACUAUUGAUCUCUCCUGCAACAAAUUUGAAGGCCAUAUUCCAAAUAGCAUCGGAGAUCUUCUUGCACUACGUGAAUUAAAUUUGUCGCAUAACAUGUUCACCGGCCUCAUCCCCGCGUCUCUUGGAAAUUUAUCUGUGCUUGAAUCCUUGGACCUUUCUUCAAAUCAAAUUGGUGGAGCAAUCCCUGGGCAAUUGACAAGUAUUUCAUCUCUUGAAGUGUUGAAUCUCUCACAUAAUAAGCUUGUGGGAUGCAUACCUCAAGGCAAACAAUUCAAUACAUUUGAAGCAAAUUCAUAUAAAGGGAAUGAUGGAUUGAAAGGAAAACCUUUGUCAUCACGAGGUUGUGAGAAUGACAUUACACCGCAACUUCCUGCAUCAAAGAAGCUCCACCAAGAAGACGAUUCGAGUUUUCUGAGUGGGUGUACAGUAAAAGUUGUGGCAAUGGGGUACGGUUGUGGCAUUCUUUUUGGAUUAUUCGUGGGAAGUCUCAUGCUCCUAACUGGAAAGUUAGAAUUCAUUACAAGGUUUAUUGAAGAAGAAGGAUACAAAUUAGUAAUGAAGCUCAAACAAAGAAGAUAAAAAACAGGAAGAAGAAGAAGGAACUAGCUUUGCAUGCCAAUGCUGGCUUCUCUCCCAAUGAGAAUACUUCAGACAUAGAGUACUGUUAAAGAAGUGUUUUGGUUUGUUGCCGAUUCAGAAACCACCUCCCAAGUACUGUCUGCUUUCAGAUAUGAUCUCUAGCUAGUUGUUGUCAUAUGUUAAUCUAUCUAAGUCCUAUAAUAUUGUUUUGGUUGGAUAUCAUCAAGUGCUUCAAUGAAGUGUGUCACAAUAUUCUAUUACUCUAUAUUGACAUUUUUAAUAGUUUAUAUGAUUGGCUUCAAAUUGUUUUUUUUUUAAAA